AUGGACCGAAGCAGCAGCAACGAGAAGAUGGACCGCAGCUGCGGCGAGCUGCAGCAGCAGCAUAGGCAGCUGCAGCAGCAGCAGCCACAGCAGCAGCUGCAGCAGGAACAGCAUAUGCUGCAGCUUAAGAAGCAGCAGCAGCAGGAGCAGCGGUUGAGGCCCCCGGGCUCCACAGCAGCAGCAGCAGCAGCAGCUUCGGAUCCCUCUGAGGCCUCCUUGCUGCUGCUGCCGGACACUCCCGUAGCAGCAGCAGCAGCAGCAACAGCGAGGAAGUCGAAGGUUCUCACUAACCACCAGCAGCAGCAGCAACCGCACAGAAAAGAGCAGCAGCAAAUGCAGCAACAUCAGUUGCAGCCGCAGCAGCAGCAGCAGCAGCAGCAGGCGCGUCUUCUGAGGCAGCCGAAGCAGCAGACUGCGGAUACACCGCAAUCUCCUCCGCAGCUAAGACUGCACCUGCAGCAGGAGCAGCAGCAGCAGCAACAGCAACAGCAACAGCAGCAGCAGCAGGGUGGGGGGCAGCGGGAGCAGCAGCUUCUCGAAGGCUUGCUGCAGAAGCACCUGGGAAAAAGCCUUAGCGACAGCCGGGUGGCCCGCGUGCUGCAGCAGCAGCAGCAGCAGCAGCAGCAAAUGCUGCUGCCCCUCCCCUCGCUGAGACAGCAGCUUCAGCUCAGUGCAGCAGCAGCAGCAGCAGCGACGAGGAAGCAUCCUGCUGCUGCUGGUGUUGCUGCUGCAGAGGAAAUCAAGAACGAGGAGCUGCAGCUGCUGCUGCAUGUGCUGCAGCAGCAGCUGCUCCCAGAAGAAGCAGCAGCAGCAGCAACAGCCGUUGACUUCUCUCUAAUUGGCAGCAGAAACAGGCACGUCCUGAGCCCUAAACCCUAA